AUGAUACCUACGACAGAGCACAACACUUCGACCGAUGGGCACUUUUCAAGCUUCCUUACGCAACUCAAAGCACCGGAAGACCGAAUGCGUUUGGAAGAACAAUGGGCGUCGCCUACAAGCACUGCAACGAAUCCAACGGAUGCUACGACGACGACAUUGCAACCUCUACGUAGCUUCACGUUGGACCAGUCAGGGAGCACGAGUUACUAUGGUCAUAGCCACUUGCCACUACGACAGCUUAACAACUUGACACCUUCGACUGGAUACUACUCCCAACAGCUUCUACCCCCUCGUAAUCCCCAAUCGACGUCGACGGUACCUUCUUGGAGUACACCUACCUAUAGCACUGAUACGCCAGUGGUGCUUGGUGAAUACGUUCCUCAUUCACAGCCUUCAUCUCAACAACCGGCACUUCAUCCACUUGUGCUUCAACAUAGUGAACCAAUGCCACGUUCAAACGACGAAGACCUUGCAAUGGACGCGCAGAUGUUACGUGAAGUGCUUCAGGAACUGCCAACGGGUCAAAUGCCAGGCCACGCUAAUCACGUGACCGUGUCACGAAGCCAUCAGCAAAUGCCUGGCCUACAACUCCUUUUUGCGUCACCAAUGUACUCGACGGACAUGAGCAACAAUACGGGGUCUCAACCACAUGUGCUUGGCUUCUACAGUAAUGCAAUUGGCAUGACCACCGCCGUUCCAGCAGAAAUGCUGAGCCAGACACACUCAGCAAUCGGAUCUGCUCUCGUUGCGCCCAUUUUCCCAUCCGUGCAGACGUCCGACCGCUCCGUGCUACCGAGUACGUUGCCAGCCGCCAUGAUCGGCAUGACUGGAGCUUAUGACUCGACAAAUUCGGGGUCAAUGGUGCCGCCGUCUACUCUUCUCCGCAAGAAGCGCACUUCAGCCACUCGUACGUGCAAGGUGGCGGGUUGUACCAAGGGUAUUCGCUCACGUGGACUGUGCAAGGCACACGGCGGUGGCCGACGAUGUACGACUCCAGGCUGCACCACGAGCGACCAGGGUGGUGGUCACUGCGUUUUGCACGGUGGAGGUCGUCGCUGUCGCAUUGAAGGCUGCAAAAAGUCGGCACAAUGGCGCGGCGUGUGCAAAAUGCACGGCGGUGCUCGUCGUUGUCGCUACGGCCAAUGCACCAAGAAUGGUCAGGUGAAGCAAGGCUACUGUCGAAUGCACCACAAUCUGCUUUCAGCUCAACGUCAGUAA